UAAGAAAAAAUAAAACUGACGGACACGCCUCUUAUAUACAUUGAGACAUCUAACCCAGAGCCAUUGAGUUUCACUGUUGCCUCAACCAAACCUGUAUGGUUACAUCUUUAUGUUACGCACCCGUGUUGGUUGCCGUAACCCACUCCUCACUUGCGCUCUGGUCUGGCUGACCACUGAAACACCGGCGCUAGCUGACGCUACCAUUAAGCUGCAAAAUGUCUCUCUCAAAGCCGAAGCGUCGGAAAGUUGACUGUGAAAACCGCCAGUUCCAAAGUGAAUGGACUGAAAAAGUAUUGAUUUACUUUGCCAGCCGUAAUGAGCAACAAACCAAUGUGUUUAUUGUGCAGCGAAUCCAUUGCUGUGAUGAAAGAAUAUAACGUGAAGAGGCACUACAAGUCGAAUCAUGGCUCAUUUUCGAACAAUUUUCCCGAGGGCUCUGAUGAACGGAGGAGGAAAGUAAACAGACUGUUGGCGUGUUUUCAACGAGGGCAGUGUACCCUUAGUCGCUUUUGCACGGAACAAGAGAGAGCCAUGAUAGCAUAUAUACGCGUAGCCUGGACACUAGCCAGACAGAAGAGGCCCUUUACCGAGUCGGAGACUGUUAAAGACGGCAUGCUUGCAGUUAUUGAUGAAAUGAUUGUUGACGAAAAAGUGAAGGCAAGCGUCACUUCGUCCAUUAAAAAAGUGCCUCUCUCGGACACAUCAACUCUCCGCAGACUGGAGCUACUGGCAACGGAUGUCGAAGGGAAGCUUUUGGAAAACCUUCGAAAAGCAGAGUUUAUGUCUCUCGCUGUGGAUGAAUCGACUGACUGUACCGACAUGGCCCAGCUGUGCAUAUAUGUGAGGUUUUAUGAUGGAGUGCGCGUUCGGGAGGAACUACUGGGGCUCGUUCCGCUGGAGGGACACACUACAGAUGGAGCUCCUGCUCUGACCAGUAGAGUGAAAGGGCUGGUGGCCGGGUUGGCAGCCGUAGCCCCGCAUAUGCAGUUUUUACACCGCAUCAUUCAUCAGGCUGUACUGUGCGCAAAGCUCAGCGGCGAUCUGAAGAACAACAUGGACACUGUGAAUUUCAUCCGCUCAACCUCCAGCCUUCGACAUCGCCUCUUCCGUAUGUUGCUUGCUGACGCAUCUGCAGAGCACACUGACUCGCUGGUUCAUCGUGACGUCAGGUGGCUCAGCAAAGGAAAGGUUUUGGAACGUUUCUGUGAACUCCGCCGGGAGAUUUUGUCUUUCCUUCGCACGUGUAAACACUUCUUGGAGCGCAUGUUGGAUGAACAGUUCAUGGCAGAAGUCCACUUUCUUUGUGACAUUUUUGGACACUUGAACACUUUGAAUCUGGAAGUUCAGGGGCGGGAAAAGUCUAUCGCUGAUUUGGUUGAGAGGCUGUGCGCCUUCAAAACAAAGUUAACGAUUUUCACGGAAGGUUGCUGCACUUCUCACAACUCUGUGCAUUCAUGAGUGCAGCACCUGGGGCACACGUAACGCCAGUCAUGACAAACUUUAUGAGAAAUCUGACUGAUAACUUCACUGAGAGAUUCCAAGGCUUCAGUAUUCCUAUUGAGGUACUGCAGUUUGCUCGUGACCCAUUCUCCAUCAAACCUGAGGCAGACUUCUGUGUAAAAGCAAAAGAGGUAAUGUCUUGCAUUGAUGAGUCUUCUUCAGAUGGAAAUGGUUGAUGUCCAGUCCUCAUUUGCUUUAAAGCAGCACUUGCUGUCUGAGGGUGCAGUGAAUUUUUGGUGUAACCAUGUUAGCCAAUAGCAGUACCCCACAAUCAGGAAAGUGGCGCUUCUAAUACUAACAAUGUUUGGAUCCACCGACACAUGUGAGUCUCGCUUUUCUCACAUGAAUGCAAUCAAAACAAGGGCACGUUGCUCCAUGACCAAUGAAAAGCUACACGAGUGUCUCAGGGUUGCCCUUACUACUUAUGAGCCAAACUCUGUUGAAAUUGCCAAAUCAAGGCAAUGCAAUUUUUCUCACUGAGUCAAACAGGCUCAAAACCACAUAGGUCUGAUAAUUAAGGUAGUUGUGUCGUAGUAAAAUACCCUGACUGAGGCAUGUGAUGCUAUCAAACUGAAAAUGCACAGAAUACAAAUCUGUUUUAUGGUUCAGCAGGCUCCCUUUUGGUUUGUCUGGAGUUUUAGUUUUUACCUUUAACAAAUGUGGACAUGAACCUGCUAUAGGCACCUUAUUUUUGGCUUGUUUGUGAUAAUAUCAUGAGUCGGCCCAUUUUUUGUUUAUCUGGUGGAUGCUGUUUUACCAGAAUGAUCUGGCUAUUUGUGUUUAUGGAUAUGAACCUGCAAAGCACCUUAUUUCUGCUUGGAAAUGUUGUUGAAGGCUUAUUUACUAUUAUUGUGAUGGAUACUGUUUCAAGAUGUUCAGUUUACAUAAUGCAUUUUGGGAUAUGGACCUGCUGUAACUACCUAAUUUCUGCUUGGAAUUGUUUUUGAUAGUUUCCUGAACAGGCUCAUUUAUUGUUAAUCUGAUAUCUGAAUACUAUUAUGCUAUUUUCAAAUUGUUUUCUACAUUUGUGGAUAUGGACAUGUCAGAAAAACAAUGUCUCAUUUUUUGUUUAUGUUUUUUUAUGUAACUUUUGCACUUCUGUAUCAAAGCUUGAUAGCCUUCCUGUGUUUUGGAAUGGAAUUACAGUCUGUAACUGAUUAUAUAAAGUGGAAGAUAAGAGAUGCGUGUGUGACUGUUUACCUGUGGAAAUAUACAUUACUGUUUUUCAUUUUUAGCCAUUAUUUGACCAAUAUUCUGUGCGGCCCUCACACCCCCCGUGAUUUUCUUAUUCGGCCCACUUGCUACUGAAGUUGAAUAGCCCUGGUAUACAGUAUAUAUAUAUAUAUAUAUAUAUACUGUAUAUAUUUAUAUAUAUGUAUGUACUGUAUCUAAGUAUAUAUCACAAUUCACAAUUCUGAAAAGUGUUUGAAUGGUUCAGUGCCUGAUAUGAUAUAUUAAUAUACAGAAUUUUAUCUAAAAAUAGAUAAG